GUACCCAGUAUAUUAACCUUUUAUGCAGAUGUGGAGUAUAAACAUCGUUCAGUACGUACUUUUACGCAGUUCUCCUCCUUUAUACACUUAUAGCAUAAGAUUGUGGUAUAGCCAUUAUACUUAUCAUUUUUAUUCCAUCCAUGUACUACAUUAUAUCUUUUAGAGGAAAGUAAUUUACGUUUAUUACAAGUCCAUUUACAGACAAGGUAGGAUUACGUCACACCACACGUAACAGGCUUCACUAUACAGAUAAUUUCUUUCACAAAAUGUCCUAUGGACAGACAUGCAAUCUUUGCAAAAAGGAAUUGGAUACAAACAUGACGCAUAAGAGAGCUUAUUUCUUUAGAAACAAAAUUUCAUGCAAAAUUUGAAGUCUACAAAAAAUAUGAAAUUGUUCUUGUACAUGAUUGAUACAUUCACAAUUUUGUUCAUGAAAUUGGCUAUCAUAUAAGUGCUUAAAUAAUAAAAUGUGUUAAUGUGUCACAUGUUUGAAUGAGUGUAAUUGAUUUCUUUCAUGUUUGACUGUCUCUCUGUCUGUCUAUACUCAGUAUACAUCGAGACAGAAUAGAGUCUUUAGAGAUAGAAUAGAAAAAGAAUAACAGCUUUAGGCUUGAAUUGUUUGUAUGCAUCUUCAGCGAAUUCCCUCCUAUAAGGAAAUGAAUGCUCUGGAAAUGCAAUACAAGUAUUAUUUAUGUCACAAUAUGUUUUUUCGUUCUCUUUGGCGUUGUGGAUAGCAGAGUUAUUAGCGUCUUUGGUUAUCAACAAGGUACCCAAGCGAUAAGACCAAACUUUAUCGCGCAUCGCGUACAAUUCACAAUGUUGUCCUCUGCAAAAGUAACGAAAUAAAUAGUUAUAAGCCAUAUUUUCUGACAAUCCACCACAAAUAAAGUCAGGAUAUAAUUAGGAAACUAAGUUUUAAAAUCAUUAAUUUCUUUUUUUUACAUUUAUCCAGUAAUGUACUGUCGUAAUUUACAGUAACGUUCCAAUGGAUAACCCUACAAUGACCUCAAAGUGGAGCUUGAUAAGAAGACAACUGAGGACUCUGGUUGCAUACAGUUUUGCCAACUCUUGCAGUUAACAUGUCCCACGUCCUUUUGUUAUGUCUACUUAUCAACGUUGCCUGUGUCUUUGGACAAAAUGAUAUCUCCGUGUCGCCUCCGCAAUGCAUUGGUAACGGAGACUGCGGUGUCACAGAAACCUGUGUCAACCUGAGUUGCCGAAACCCUUGCCCUGGCACCUGUCAGGGUAACGCCAAGUGUGAGGUCCACGAUCAUGUACCGUACUGUUCCUGCAAGCCCGGCUUCUCUGGGGACCCUUUCACUGGAUGUCGGCAAGAUACACCAAACUGCACACCUUCUGGUAGUUCCUGCGGAAAAAAGGUUUACAGAGUGGAGCGCUUUAUAAAGGUCAAUUGGUACGCUGCAUUAAUUCAUUGCAAAGACCAUGGCGGAGCGUUAGCCACCAUUCGGUCUCGGGAAGAAAACGAACGGAUCAAAGAGGAGAUCCGCAAAACAGCCUUGCGGAACGAUAGAUUCUGGACCUCUGGAACGAACUAUCCUCAGGGACAUUGGGUUUGGAUGUCUACCGGGGACACGCUGCCGGACUUCACAGACUGGCUACCCGGAGAACCAAACAACGAUGGGUGCAACGAGAACUGUUUAAACUUUUUUGAGAGCCACAAUCAGGGUUAUAUGUGGAACGACGCACCUUGUACAACACCAAUGUACCCGAUAUGUGAGUAUUUUGUGCAAUAAAACAUUUGAAUCGAAUUUGA